AGUAUUGAGAAAUCGUCCAAAAUGGCUGGUGUGUUUGACAAUCCCGUCUUCCCCUACUUCGCGUUCUAUGCCAUAGUGGUUGUUUUGAAAACCAUAUCUAUGGCCUUCUUGACUGUAUUUCACAGACUGACCAAAAGGAUUUAUAUAAAUCCUGAAGAUACCAGGAUUGCCGGAGGACAAGGGAAAGUAGCGACAAAUGAAACGAUUGAGAGGAUCCGCAGGUGCCACCAGAAUGACAUUGAGAAUGUCAUCCCCUUCGUUCUGAUUGGUCUUCUGUAUACAGCGUCUGGUCCAAGCCUCGGCUCCGCCCUCCUCCACUUCCGCAUUUUCACAGGUGCCCGGAUCUUCCACACCAUAGCCUAUCUCUUCGCCCUGCCACAACCAUCACGAGCCCUUAGUUUCUUCGUUGGACUCCUUAGCAUAAUGUCCAUGGCUUACAACGUCUUGCCUGCCACUAAAUAUUAGCACCCCGUUUAGCUAUCAUAGUGUAGGAUGUAAGUCUUUGUCAGAGGGUUACAUACAUUGUAUUAACGGCUUAUAAACGAAGAGUACGCACGAUUACCACAUUAUCUUGAGAUCUUGACACCUUAUUAAUUAGUAAGUGUUGCAACAUAGCGAUGCCUGAUGUCAAAGUGUGUUUAGACCUUCCUGAACAUGUCUCGCAAACACUUCUACCCGAACCGUUGGAACUAAAUGAUUUUUAUUCUAGUUUCCACCUUUGUCGAAUUCCCUGGAAUUUUUGAGUGAUGUUUGGGCUGGGCUUUCGUGUCUGUGUAUAGGCAAAUCAAAAUCGUGUAAUAAAUCGACAUCCGGGUCUUCAAAAGCACUGCAGAUUUCGGUCGACUCCAUCAGUUGCAAAACGUGUAGGUUUAUUGGCAUCUGGGCAGUGACAGAUAUUUUCAAAUAACAUGUCUUUAAUCAAUGUGCACGAGUAAAGGUCACACACUUCGGGUGAUAAAACCCUUUCUGUUACGAAUCAGACCUGCGUCUUGACCAGGCGCGGCGUGUUUUUGUAAUACAAGUACUGUAAUGGACGUUGAAAGGGACGUUACUCGCAACAGCCACCCGUUGUGCUGCGACAAGAUCUAUAGUCCCUUGCUUCGGACAAAUGGUCCUACAGCUCUACGUUUAUGACUCAGAUAUUUUCAGAACAGCUGAUUACCAUAUUUACAUACAGAGGAGAUCAAAAACAGACAAAAUGCGCCAUCUGUAAGGCCUGUGA